AGCUGAUGACACUCAUUUUUUCUUACAAAAUUUUUCCUACUGAGCGGUACAAAUCGAGUAUGAUAUUAAUCAUGUUGAACAGACGUUCUACUAAAUUGUUGCCCUUGCUUACCAUUUUAUCUUGCCUUUCGAUUUUGAACACGUCAAGUGCAAGUUAUGGUCGCAAACAAAAUCCUGCGGCAAGCGUCACUGGCCAAGACCGCGGCCCCGGCUCGCUCCCGGCCGGUGCUGACACGGACACGGAACCGGCUUUCGGAAUGGGACUAGAUCAGGAGGAAACUCUCUUUCAGAACUUUAUUCAGAAAUUCAACAAGACCUACACAAGAGGCUCGAACGAAUAUUCCAAGCGUCUACAAAUAUUCAAGGAAAGCUUACUGAAGCAUGAACUGUUAAAUGCCUUCGCAACUCAUAGGGAUCAUGCAACAUAUGGAAUCACCAAAUUUUCAGAUCUAACUGUUGAGGAGUUUAAAUCUGAGUACCUUGGAGCCAUUAGAACACCAGACCAAAAUCUAAGCAUUCCUCGGCCAUUCCAAAGACCUUUCAAGAGUGUUCCAUCUGUUUAUGACCUAAGAUCCAUUAAGCCAUCAGUUGUCACACCAGUGAGGAAUCAGAAGUCGUGUGGAGCAUGUUGGGCUUUCAGUGUUGUGGAGACAAUGGAAACUCAGAUUGCUUUGAAAUAUAAACAUCUAACUGAGCUAAGUGUUCAAGAGCUGGUGGAUUGUGGGACGGCUGCCGGAGACGGUGGUUGCCGUGGCGGCGUACCAUGCAAGACACUCCAUUGGCUGAAUCAAACCAAAACAUCACUUGUUCCUGAGUCUACUUACCCAUAUAAAGCUAAGAAAGGAGACUGUAGGAUUAUCAAAAACUCAACCCUAAAUGCUGUGGUGUCAGACUUUUCUUGUGGAAAUUAUACAAUCAAUGAAGAGGUAAUGCCUAGUAUGGUGUACAACCAUGGUCCUCUAAGUAUCUCAGUGGAUGCAGAAGCUUGGCAGUACUAUCUUGGUGGUAUCAUCCAGUAUCACUGUACACCAUCAUACCUCAACCAUGCUGUUCAGAUUGUUGGCUAUGAUAUGUCAGGGGACAUACCAUUCUACAUCGUACGGAAUUCAUGGGGAGCGGAUUGGGGUAUUGACGGUUAUCUAAAGAUAAAAAUUGGCAACAAUGUUUGUGGUGUCGCCAGUGCUGUUCAGACGAUUUCUGUGUAGAUUGGUAAAUGACUCACACAUGUUGUCUUUUUUUCUCCAUUGUCAAUUUGAGGAAUAUGAUAAAUUUGAGGCCAAAAGUUUACAUACACCCAUGGAAGUCAGUAAAAUUUGUUUGCUUGCCAAACAUCUAAAAAUCUGCUAUAUCUUCAGAAAUAUAAAUACUAACAUGACUAAUUUGGUAUCAAAAUGAAAUAGCAUAUUAAAGCUCUAAGACUUUCACAUAAUUGGGAUUAAAGUAUAUUUCAGGUGGAAUUUUCUUUCAAGAAAAAAAGUAAUAUUGUGCCUAAUGUAUUCCAUUGUUUGUCAUUGUAUUUUCAAACAUUGUUUCAUAGAAAUAUAGAAAAGUCAAAUCUAUGAUUUAUAUUACACUUUCUAUCAUGAUAAGUCGCCACUGAACAAAAAAUUGUAAUCUGAAAUGUUUGUGUAGAGAAGUAACUAGCAAAAAUAUGGAAUGUUUUUGUCAAUG